GCGUGUCAUCCGCUGCGGCGUCGUUUUAAAACCUCUCGUCGUCGUCGUCGUCUUCUUCUUCCUCAGCUUCUUCAGCUCAGUCUCCACUGAAACCUUGCUUCUUCUUCUUCAUCUCUCUGGCCAUGGAGUUUCUAAAGCUCUUCAUUCUUCUCUCGACGGCGUCGUUUUUGUCCUUGUCGGAAUCGGCUCCUCUUACGGCGGAUUACUACCGGAAAUCGUGUCCGAGAUUCAGCCAGAUUGUCCAAGAAACCAUCACCAACAAGCAGAUCACGAGCCCCUCCACCGCCGCCGGAACUCUCCGCCUCUUCCUCCACGAUUGCCUCCCCAACGGCUGCGACGCCUCCGUCCUCAUCUCCUCCACCUCCUUCAACGCCGCCGAGCGCGACGCCGACAUCAACCUCUCCCUCCCCGGCGACGCCUUCGAUGUCGUCGUUCGGGCCAAGACCGCUCUCGAGCUCGAAUGCCCUAACACUGUCUCCUGCGCUGACAUUCUCGCGGUUGCGACUCGCGACCUCGUCACCAUGGUCGGCGGACCUUACUACAACGUUAUGCUCGGUCGCAGGGAUGGCCGUGUGUCCAAAGCUUCGACGAUUCCUGGUGCUCUUCCGUUAGCUACCUCGCCGAUUCCUCGGAUAAUUGAUAUUUUCAAGGCGCGGGGGUUUACUGUGCAGGAAAUGGUAGCUCUGAGUGGUGCUCAUACAAUCGGAUUCUCGCAUUGUAAAGAAUUCAGCUCUCAGAUCUAUAACUAUAGCAAGUCGUCGUCUUUUGAUACGCAGUAUAACCCUAGAUUCGCGCAAGGAUUGCAGAGAGCUUGUUCUGGUUUUGAAAAGAAUCCUACCUUAUCGGUUUUCAAUGACAUUAUGACUCCCAACAAAUUUGAUAACUCCUACUUCCAGAAUCUGCCUAAGGGAUUGGGGAUCUUGAAGUCUGAUCAUGGACUGUACAACGAUUUAAGGACGAGGCCAUUCGUGGAGGCGUAUGCAGCGGACGAGAACAAGUUCUUCAAGGAUUUUGCUCGAGCGAUGGAGAAACUGAGUAAUUAUAAAGUUAUGACGGGCUAUCAAGGGGAGAUUCGUCACCGGUGCGAUGCGAUUAAUUGAAACUCAGAGGCUUCUCUCGAUCAUAAUUCCAUUUGGAGACUGUAUCAGAUUAGGUACUGCUUUUGGUUGUUUUCUUAACUACUAAGGCGUCAAGCUUUUGAGAUAGCAAGACAAGACUCACAUGGAAGAUACUGCCACACAAUGAUUGAACAGGUAAGCAAGUUUAUAUCCAAUAAAUGAUCUUUUUUGCCCUGAAUCUGUUCGUUGCACCUUUUAUCCUGCAUCUAUGUUGGUGCAAGAAAGAAUUGUUUAGAACUUUGAAAUUGUGGUAGAAAAUUUUGGGUUCAGUCAAAGAUCUUGAUGAACAUUAAAGCAUCAGUGCUGAUGGAUGCCUGUUUAGCAUAUUGUUGAAUAAUGUGUAUGGAUUCUACUUUCCUAUA